CACCCAAAAAACGCAAAGCCAAAACACCGCGCACCGCAAGCGUUUUCACCUCGUUUCUUUGUGUUUUUAACUAUUUAACAUCUAAUUAUUGAGUUUAAAACGUUAAAAUGAGUGCGCCAAACGGCAUGCUGUAUGGCGGCGACGAGAUAGGCGCUUUAGUGUUCGACCCUGGGCAUCACUCGUUGCGUGUUGGUUAUGCCCAAGAAGACACUCCGAAGGCCGAUAUCCCGGCGGUGGUGGGCGUGGGGCCCGCCACACACAUCCCUGAGGCUGAGGAGAAGACACAGGAUGGGAACGUCACUCAGACCGGUACGAAGGCGGGCGGCGACAUCCGGCACUACAUUGAUGUGACCGCACUGCACGUACCGCGGCCCAACAUGGAGGUCCACUCGUACAUGAAGGACGGACAGAUCGACAACUGGGACCUGUUCGAGAAGAUGCUUGAUUAUUGUUAUGCCAAGGUGAUCCGCUCGCCCUCCGAGCACCACCCAGCCCUGUUCACCGAAGCAGUCUGGGCCUCGCGCGGCACUCGGGAGAAGCUGGCCGAACUGCUGUUCGAGAAGUACAAGGCACCGGCAUUCUUCCUCGUCAAGAGCGCGGUACUGGCCGCCUUCGCGAACGGCAAGUCGACGGCGCUGGUGGUGGACGCGGGCGCCGGGCAGACCUCCGCCGUGCCCGUCAUUGACGGAUACGCACUAACGCACGCGGCGGCGCGGUCCCCAAUAGGCGGCGACCACCUCGCGAACGCCGCCAAGCAGCUGCUGAACUCACUGCACAUACAGAUGCUGCCCAUCUACAGUAUACAGAGUAAAGAAGUAAUCCGUGAGCGCGAGCGCCCGCGCUACACGCUGAAGUCGCUCCCGGCCGCGCUGACGCUCAGCUGGCGCGAGUACAUGCUGAAGAGGCAGUACGAGGACUUCUGCCACUGUAUUGCACAGGUGUCCGAAUGUCCGUACGACGAGCGCGUGGCGGCGGCCAUGCCGGGCGCGCACUACGAGUUCCCGGGCGGCUACCACCAGGACUUCGGCCCCGAGCGGUUCAAGCUGCCCGACUGCCUGUUCGACCACAGCCAGGGACCGCAGCAUCUAGUGUGCGCGGCAGCAGGCGCGUGCGACGCGGACGCGCGGCCCGCGCUGUGGGGCAACGUGGUCAUCUGCGGGGGCGUGUCCAACACGCAGGGCUGGAUGGAGCGGCUCAGCAAAGAGCUGUCGUCGCGGGCGCCCUCCUCGCACCGGCUCAAGUCGCACGCGCCGCCCUCGCCGCAGGAGAGACGGUUCGCCUCCUGGAUAGGCGGCUCCAUUCUGGCUUCCAUCGGCUCGUUCCAGCAGAUGUGGAUCUCGUCUCAGGAGUACGACGAGGGCGGCAAGGGACAGCUCGAGAGGAAGUGCCCGUAACUUGAUAGGGACGGAUAUACAUACAGGUGUUGUAGUGGGGGUGACUCGAAAUGGUUAGAGAUUUUCAGGAGUAAGGUAGGCAGCAUGGAAGUAGAAAUUAAGACGGAAGGAAUCUCGCUAACUAAAAAGUGAGUCACCCAAAGUAAGUCGAUUUCAUUGUUGCGUCGAGCCUGACACACACAUUCACACUCAGAGUAAGUCAGUCCGCCGCCGCGCGCCAAUCACGUCGCACCCACACACUCUCAUGUCGCCGUCAUUGUGGUGCUUCAGUGUUUUAGUCAGCGAGAUUCCUUCCGCCUUUUUAUCGACUUCCAUGGUAGGCAAAUAUAAUUUUUCGAUCUUGAAGUGUUGAAUGACCAUGUAUAAAUAUGUGA